UGGCUGGCUGUAUUCCGGUACAAGUAGGACGAGUCCCCUUCGUUCUCACUGUCAAAUCAAGCCCUUCAUCGCAUCAGUUCGUCCUUCCUUUACACAGUCUCAACUCUGAUACGGACCUAUUCUUAUCACUGCAAGAUGAUCUCGGGUUACCUGCUCGCUAUUUACUUCUUGGUUGUUGCUUUUGCCGGGCUUCAACUCAAGCAUAAAAUCACGGCCUUGAAGUCUCCCCUAAGCAAGGUCCCAGGGCCUUGGUAUGCCCCUCUCACGACACUGCACUUGCAAUACCUUUUUUCCACCGGCACCAUCUGGAAGCUGGUAGAAAGGAGCCAUGCCAAGUACGGGUCGAUCGUCCGCCUGGGCCCUCGCCAGGUCUGGAUUUCUGACAAGGAGGCCAUGAAGGAGAUCUUGGUGAAGACGGACCUCCCCAAAGUGGCCAUGUAUGCCGAGAUCUCUCGAGACAAGUUUAGCCCGGGCUUGUUCGGUGAAAUUCGACCGGAACCGCACAAGCGCCUCAAGCGCUUCUUGUCUCCCGCCUUCACCGUCAACUACAUCGACAACCUCGAGACUUUCUUCAAGACCACCGUCCGCGAUGUGCUCAACAAGUACCAGACGCAGAUCAACGAGGAUCCCGUGUACUACGCGAAGGAGGGCAUCGAGGUCGAUCUGAUGGACGACCUUCACAAUGUUGCUCUGGACAUUAUGGGAGAGAGUUCCUUCGGAAAGGGGUUUGGACAGACGAACCCAGACAGCAUGAUCGAGGACGGCGUGGACGAGAAAAUCUGGAAGUCCAUCCCCCGCUCCAUCUUUGACGGUCUCAGCAAGCGUUACCAGACGGUGUACGUCAAGAAGUUCUUCCGGUCGUUCGGCAUCGACAUCAAAUUCGACUGGCCGGCAGAGAUGAUCACGGCCAUCGACGCCGUCGUGCAGCGCCGCAAACGCACCUCGGAGGUCGAGCGCCGCGACCUCCUCCAGCACCUCAUCGAGGAGGGUAAGAAGCCCGACACCGGCACCACUAUGUCGGCCCGCGACAUCGUCGACCAGAUGGCCGAAGUGCUCCUCGCCGGCUCCGAGACCACGUCCGGCACCAUCGGCUGCCUCUUCCUCGAGCUCGCCCGCAACCCGGACGUCCGUGCCAAGCUCCUGGCCACGCUGCCCUCCAAAGGCUUCGCCGACGACAUCGUGACGAGCAAGUCGGUCCGCAGCGAGGCCCAGUACGAGUACCUCGAGGCCUGCAUCAAAGAGAACCUGCGCCUGCACCCGAUCGCCUCGGAGAUGGGCCGCCGGACAGGGAACCAAUGGGUCAAGCUGUGCGGCUACGACCUGCCCCCCCACACCGUCGUGUCGGCCUCGUACCGCGACCUGCAUCGCAACGAGAACUAUUGGCCCCAGGCCGAGCGGUUCUGGCCCGAGAGAUGGCUCUCUGAGGACAAGAGGGAGGGCGCCCCUGCCCCCGACAUGGACGCGUAUUAUCCCUUCUCCGGCGGCAAGCAUUCUUGCAUUGGUAUCAACUUCGCAUGGGCUGAGAUGAGAAUGGUGGCCGCGAACCUGCUUCAGAGGUUCGACGUACUCGAGGUCCCUGGCCAGGAAAUCGACUUCCGCCAGUACAUCACGAUGCAGUUCGCAACCGGGCAUUGGAAGGUGAUGCUGAGGCCAAGAAGCUGAACGGGCAAGACUGGGGCUCCCACCGGUCCGGGAGGGGGUUUUCUUUCACGUUCCGGAUUUUGAUUCUGCAGCAUAGCCUCAUCAGCAUGGUUUAGGGACCGUUUCAUUUUGUUUUCACGGCAAGAGACAUUAGAUUGUGAAGAGCGUUGCCCCAUUUUCGAGAUCACGCAUUACAGGAGUAGGAGUUGGUGAACGUGGGAAACGAGACAACACAUUGUGCCUACAGAUUGAGUUUGGCGAUUGAUUGGUUCGAAAAAGCAUAUUUUAGAUAGAAAAGAAACCUUCAACUAAGUGGUUCCUGCA